CUUUAGGGCUCGUUCACUUAGGCGCUUCGUCUAAAAUCUGGAUCAAGUAUGGUGACGGGCAACCAGUAAAAAUUGUUUUCAAUGGAGAGGAUGUAGAUGACUUGAAAGAAACGAUCAAGAAAAAACUUUCAAGUAAGUUAGGUGAUAUUGAUAUUGACGACAUUAUUCUAAGAAGACAUGAAGACAACGACGACCUAGAUCCUGGGUUUGUUGUAGACAAGAGCUUUGAGAAUACCUCGAACACGCCAUUACAAGUUAUUGUAAAUGCACCUUUGACGUCAAAACGUAAAUAUGAAGAGUCAGGAGAUUUAAAAGAGAUCGUAAAAAGUGGAAUGAAAGAAUUCUCCCAGCAAAAUCAACCAAUAGAAUGCGAUCCAUUCUUGUGGGAUAUGGAAACUGAUGAAGAUAGACAAAUGUCCGAAGUUGAGAAAUGA